GCUGAGGUGAGCGCACUUUGGCUGCCUCUCGCUUGAGUUGCACACACACAAAAACACACACAAAUGUCUUUCGUGAAGCGAGCUGCCUGCCUUCUAACCAGCCUAAUCUUCUGGCAUUUGUUUUUAGCAGAAGCGGCUACCAGGACAUACUACCUUGGAAUUGUGGAGGAGAACUGGGACUAUGCGCCGAGCGGCGAGAAUCUGAUCACAGGACAAAAUCUCACAGAGGAUGAAGAAGCAAUUGUCUAUGUGAGAAGAGGCCCCAACAGGAUAGGUCGGGUUUACAAGAAAGCAAUUUUCAAAAAAUUCACAGACGACACGUACUCCCAGGAGAUCCCCAAACCAUCUUGGCUGGGUUUUCUAGGUCCAGUUCUGCGAGCCGAAGAAAGAGAUACUUUUAUUAUUCAUUUGAAGAACUUUGCUUCCCGGCCUUAUUCUGUACAUCCACACGGAGUCUUCUACGAGAAAGAUUCUGAAGGAGCCCUCUACCGAGAUGGAACAGGUGGCAAAAGCAAGGCUGAUGAUUUUGUUCUCCCUGGUUCCAAUUAUACAUAUACAUGGCUGGUUACAGAUGAGUUUUCACCUACACCGGCAGAUCCACGGUGCCUGACUUGGAUUUACCAUUCGCAUAUCGACACGCCAAAAGAUAUCAGCACUGGGUUAAUUGGGCCGCUGGUGGUUUGUCGAAAAGGAACAUUAGAUGAUGCUUCAGCGCCAGCGGCCAAUGCCACAAAAAGCUUCGCUCUCAUGUUCAGCAUCGUAGAUGAAAAUCUCAGCUGGUACCUGGAUGAAAAUAUAAAUACCUUCUGCUUGGAACCCAGCACUGUGGAUAAAGAGGACGAAGAUUUCCAACUGAGCAAUAAGAUGCACGCAAUUAACGGUUAUGUUUUUGGAAACCUCCCUGACCUGGAGAUGUGCGCUGGUGAAUUGGUGUCCUGGCAUUUGUUUGGGAUGGGGACCGAGAUCGACGUUCACUCUGCACAGUUCUUCGGCCAUACUUUGCUUAGCAGAGGCCACAGGAUGGAUGUCAUCAGCCUCUUUCCAGCCACUUUUGUGACAGCAGAAAUGAUGGCAGAGAAUGCUGGGAAGUGGCUUUUGACCUGUCAAGUCGAUCAUCACAUACAAGCUGGUAUGAUGGGAUUCUACAACAUCAAGGCUUGCGGUCAAAACAUUACCAGGCCUUCACAGAGUGGUCAGGAAAGAAUAUACUUCAUUGCCGCUGAAAGAAUUUUGUGGGAUUAUGGACCUGGUGGUUUUAAUAAACUCACAGGCCAGCCUUUAAAUGCUACUGGCAGUGACUCAGCACCUUUCUUCAUACAAGGAGACGACCGAAUCGGAGGGCAAUAUUGGAAAGUUCAUUAUGUGUCCUACACCGAUGGAAAAUUUACUCGCAAAAAGAAGCAAACAGAAGGCGCCACUCACCUUGGCAUACUUGGCCCAGUUAUCAAAGCUGAAGUUGGAGACACAAUUUUGGUUACUUUUGCCAACAAAGCUGACAAGAACUACAGCAUGAUGCCUCAUGGCGUAGCUUUCAGCAAAUCGUCAGAAGGAGCCCCUUAUGAAGAUGGGCACCAGAAGCCGGGGGCUUAUGUUAAACCCGGCAAAACCUUUAAAUACAAAUGGAGAGUUCCUGAAAGUGUCGGCCCAACGGGCGAUGAUCCACCGUGUCUCACCUACCUGUAUUAUUCAGCAAAUGAUCCUGUCAUGGACACCCAGUCUGGUCUUGUGGGGCCUCUAAUAAUCUGCAAGAAGAAUACUUUGGAACCAGACGGAACACAGAAAGGAAUAGACAAAGAAUUCUACCUACUGUUUACAGUAUUCGAUGAGAACUUGAGUUUCUAUCUUGACACAAACAUCAAUUCCUUCACUGGUGAUCCAUCCAAAGUUAAUAAGGAAGAUGAGGAUUUCCAGGAAUCCAACAGAAUGCACGCUGUCAAUGGCUAUCUGUUUGGGAACCUGCCCGGACUCACCAUGUGCAAGGAUGACAAGGUUUCUUGGCAUAGUAUUGGACUAGGCACAGAAACAGACAUGCAUGGUGUUCAUUUCCAAGGGAACACCAUUCACUUGGGUGGCACAACCAGGGAUACCCUUGCCUUGUUCCCUCACACGUCGGCAACAGCCCUGAUGCAGGCAGACCAAGUAGGCACUUUCCAGUUGGUUUGCAGGACGUUCGAUCACUUUACAGGAGGGAUGAAGGAGCUUUAUGAAGUUAAGCCCUGUGGCAAAACACCUCACGAUGGGAGGCACUAUGGAACCAUGAGAACAUAUUAUAUUGCUGCCGAAGAAAUGGAGUGGGACUAUGCCCCCGAUAAGAACAGAGCGGAGCAGAGGGCGGAGGCAACGAGCAAAGAGGAAAGUUACGGGCAUGUCUUUGUGAGCCAAGGUGAAGGCCUCAUUGGUUCAAAGUACAAGAAGGCGGUUUAUAGAGAAUACAAAAGUGGAGAUUUCGUGGAGCACAAAAAGAGAGGCGCAAAGGAGCGACACCUGCAAAUUCUAGGGCCCUUGAUCCAUGCAGAAGUUGGCGACUCAAUACUAAUUGUGUUUAAGAACAAAGCUAGUCGUCCAUAUUCAGUAUCAGCACAUGGCGUGGAAGCAACAGCAGCUGGGAAUAAAGCACGCACCACGAUGCCAGGAGAAAUAAGCACUUACCGAUGGAACGUCCCAGAAAGGUCAGGACCUGGAGUCUCGGAUCCCAACUGUAUCACUUGGGUUUACUACUCAACAGUGCAUUUUGUAAAGGAUAUGUACAGUGGCUUGAUCGGGCCGCUUAUAAUUUGCAGAAAAGGAGUAUUGAAUGAAAAGGGUUUAAGAACAGACAUUGACCGAGAAUUUGCCCUUCUGUUCCUGGUCUUUGAUGAAAACGGGUCCUGGUAUUUGAAUGAAAACAUUGAGAAAUAUCUACAGGAGGAUCCGAAGGCGUUCAACCACACUGAUGACUUUGUGGAAGGGAACAAUAUGCAUGCAAUCAAUGGAAAGAUCUAUGACAAUCUCCAUGGGCUAACGAUGAACAAAGGGGAAAACACCAACUGGUACCUGAUUGGAAUGGGAAAUGAAAUUGACCUUCAUACUGUCCAUUUCCAUGGAGAGAGCUUUCUGUUCAAGAAGGAUCACAAUCACAGAGGAGAUGUGUAUGACCUCUUCCCUGGGACGUUUCAGACUGUUGAACUUGUAGCGUUCAAUCCUGGGACAUGGCUUCUGCACUGCCACGUUCACGAUCACAUCCAUGCUGGGAUGGAGACAACUUACACUAUUGUUGAAUCAGAUGGUGUGGGACAUGGAGCCACAACCACGAAAUAUGAUACAUUUACAGUCAAUGGCAAGAAGACUGGAGAAGCAGGUAAAGGCAGAGCAGGAAUAGAAUUCUUGGGGAAAACUCUGGGCCCAGGAGAAGCCAGCUCGGUGCUCAAAGCUCUUUUUAUCACUGGACUUGUUCUGUUGGUAGCUCUCUUGAUCCUUAUUCUCAUUGUUGCUUGCCAGAAGAAAAAGGCCCGUUAUAGGGCCAUAGGUCGCAAAUGCAGUCUUCCAAUGGAGUCCUUCUGAUCUGACUGAACAUUGACUUUGUCAGGAAUGUUGCUGCUGCCUUUUGAGGUGAGAGGAAACGGCGACACAUAUGGCCACUUCCAGACGACCAGUUUAUUUAUCGUUCUUCCCCAUGUGUUCCCACAAAGUUCGCUGGGAGGUUAGCCCGUGUUAGCUAACCCUCCCAUGUCCCUGGUUUUCAGGGAGGUUGGGCACACUUGCAUGAAGCAAGUGUUAUCCCACAUUUUACAGUGCAUUCCCCACCACUUUCCUAACUGCAAAAAAUCUAAUUUGGGUGGGUAUGGGGGAGAAGGUUUGUUGUUCAGGAACUCCAAGUCCGU